AGUCAACAAGUCCAUGGACUCUUCGAGCUUUAUAAAUGCACUCCGGAGAUUCUUCGCCAUCAGACGGCCAGCCAAGCAACUCUGUUCUGAUUGUGGAACCAAUUUCACUGGAGCAUGUAAAGAGCUUAAGAUCAAUACAGAAAAUGUUGAAGAUGACUCUGUAGGGAAAUACCUUAGUGACCAAGGCUGCACAUGGAUCUUCAAUCCUCCUCACUCUUCGCAUAUGGGUGGAGCCUGGGAACGCAUGAUCCGGAUUGCUCGACGCAUUCUCGACUCCAUGCUGUGUGAUGUCGGGUCCUCACGGCUCUCUCACGAGGUCUUGACCACUCUCAUGGCCGAGGUCUCAGCCAUAAUUAAUUCAAGACCCCUGAUCCCUGUCUCAAACGACCCGGAGUCACCAUUCAUCUUGACUCCUGCUACACUUCUUACCCAGAAGACAGACGUGCUCACAGCACCCACCGAGGAUGUCAGCACUGCAAACCUCUACAGACGUCAAUGGAGACAAGUGCAGAGCUUCGCCAACACGUUCUGGCAUCGCUGGAAAACGAGUACCUUACGACACUUCAAGUGCACAGCAAGUGGCAGUCUAACAGGCCAGACAUCCAAGAAGGUGACCUCGUCUUACUGAAGGACAACCAAGUCAAACGGAAUGAGUGGCCAAUGGGCUGCAUCCUCAAGACGAUUCCCAGUGCCGAUGGGAAAGUUCGAAAGGUCGAGGUUAUGAUUGCGAAGCAAGGUGUCGCAAUAACUUUUGUCAGGCCCAUAGUCGAGACAGUACUACUUCUCUCUCGUAAAGAUAUGGACAAAUAAGUUGACCCGUUGAAGUUGGCAGGUGUUUUGCUCCACGGCAGGAGUGGGGGUGUGUGUCCACAGGAAUUUCCUGUUUUGAGGUUGAGUUUGGUCAUGUGAACAGAAAGUUACGAUUUGACAGUCUUUCAACCACAAGGCUGGCGUCCGCCAUUACACAGAAUUCAAAAUGGUGGCACACAUCGCAUCCCAGUGAAGACAGCUGUAACUGUACAUUGUGGGACUUAAAGAAGCAUUGUCUUUUUACCUCGUUCAAUUCAAUAAAUUACAUUUGGAGUCGGAUGUUCACCCUGAAGGUUUAUUGGAUGCGAGGUUAACUACUCGGAUAGAGGUGCAACGCAGCGCACAGCGAGGCCGAGAGACAAGGUGGCAAAAGCCAGUCAUCUCGGUCAGUCCACCCGUGGCACCUGCUGGGUCUGCCCCGUGACCUCCUGCCAGCGGGCGUUCGACACUUCACGUGGCCUCAAGGACUGAGAUUAAACUAAAAACGGUUGAAAUCGUGAAUUCUUGAAUGGAAAUUGCAUGUCACCCUGGAGCAAGAUCAUCGCGCUGCUGAUAGCACUCCUUGUAAGAUAUGCCCGCGCUGCAAGAGAAAUCGCCGUCCACACAGACACAGAGGUUGCCAUCAUGCAGGGCAGCGACGCUCUCCUGUCGUGCACCUACGACUGCACGCCCCACGGGGACAACCACACGGUGGUGCAGUGGUGGAGAGUUAAAGAGGGUAACGUUGAACAGGUUUUGAUCAAAAACGGCAAGGAGGUGAACAGACACCCCCGAGUUCAAUGGAUGGGCAACCUGGCCACGUGCAAUGCUUCCAUUGUGAUGCGCGAGGUGCUGUUGGAAGACUCGGCUCGAUAUCGCUGCGAGGUCUUCCGCAUCCCCUCCUACAACGAGGGGGGCAGCGUGGUGGAGCUGCACAUGAUACCCUCCACAGAUCUCAUCAUCUACGCACCAACUGAAGAGACCACCAAUGUUGGAAACGAUGUUCUUCUGAAGUGCUCCUACUUCUGCAAAGGCCCCAGGGAUAAGUUCACGCUGGUGCAGUGGUGGAGAAUUCGAGACGGCAGGGACGAGAAGGUCUUCACAAAAAACGGCCAAGAUCACGUCGUCGACUCGCGGUUCGCGUGGCGUGGGAACGAGACAUCAUGCGACGCGUCCAUUUCCAUAAAAAACGCAAGCCUCAGUGACGUGGCCCAGUACCGCUGCGAGGUCACUUACAUCCCGUCGUACAAACAAGGCAGGAAGGUGAUGCGUCUCAACGUGCAGGCGCCACCAGAUACACCAAUUAAAACAACGCCCAGAAUAAUUCCAACAAACAACUACCCGAUUCCAGAUGAAAAUCCACUGAUCACAGUUAUUGUCGUUAUAGUAGUAUUGCUUCUUCUCAUUGCUUGCACUUUCCUGGGCAAAAAAAGUUUACAACAAUGCCGACAACGAAGGGAACAAAGGAACAACCCAGAUCCUCCAGGAAAUGGAGGACGUAAUGAGGAGGUACCGGAGGGAAUUCCGUUGCAGUUAAGGCCCUCGUCUGAAGGUGCUGAGUCUCAACGUGUCGAGCUCAUGAGCGCGAACACCGAGAAAGAAGAGGCGACAUCCUGGCGGGUCAGGGGGGGAUUACCAACCGGCCCUGACCAGCAGGGUGAAGUAUGAUGAAAAUAGGACUGCAAGACGCCUCUGCAGCAGUGGGAAACCCCGAGCAUUUUUAACCAUAAUUUAUCACCUCCAGCCGGCGUUUCCCACUUCAGAGGCGUCUUGCAAGGCUACUUUCACAAUGUUUCCUCACGGUGAAAUGUGGUAAAGAUUUGUUGAAUUAAUCUACAUCUCAGGGGCCAUUAGAUAAUAUUCAUUAGUGAUAUAAUGCCACUAAUUUCCAAGAGGUUUGCCCAAUUUGAAAAUAAUGCUGCCUCGCUAAAUCAUUUACGUUUAUAUAUGUGAAAAACAAAUUUAGUUGCGUCUGAAAUUAACGCUAAAAAUGUACGUUGCAUUACAGUACAAAUAUUAUCGAUAUUAAUUCGUCAUCUUCAUCAUCAGCCGUGAUCUAUCAAUGAAUGAAUAAAGGUUCUACCCCUAAGCCAUCAGUCACCAUCUCUCAGGGUCUGCCAGAUGCAACUAUCCAUCCUGGAGUUGCACACCAGCUGCUCAUUGUGCUUCGACUGCCACUCUGGCACUAUUCUUCAUGAUGUGUAUGUAUGUUGACUUUCUUUCGCACCGUACCUAGCCAACCGUGCUAAUCGGAGAUGCGGGUCAAGGAAAACAAACAAUACAAAAAGCAAAUGUAAAGACAUGCGUUUUCAAUAUAGAUGAUGUAAAAGUGUGUCGCUCCAAUGCUUCAUAAUAUCGGCAGGAAGAGCGUUUAGGCCGUAAGGUGAAGACGUUUUACGUUUAAUCCCGUUCCCAUAUAUGGGGCACUAAAUUAUUUUCAUUCUAAUAAAAAGAUAUAUUAUUUUUGGGCGUGAAAAUAAAAGUUCUCCAUGUCUAA